GGUGCCGCCGGUGGGGGCCGCGCCCCCCCGCCCCGCCGCGGCGGUUGCCUUCCCCCCGCCUCCCCCCCGGCGGGGCAGUGAAGGCGAAGGCGGCCAUUAGGUGUCCGCGCCGAUCGCCUGACGGGCCGGCGCGCUCCCCGCCUCCCGCGCGCUCUGUCUGCCUGUGUGUGCGUGUGUGGGCCCGUGUGUGACAGGAGGAGAGGGCGAGCGCGUGACGCCCUCCGCGCUCCGCCCCCACCCGCUCCUGCUGCCGGCGCCGCCACCUCGGCCCGGCGCGGGCGGGCGGUGCAGCCAUGGAGCAGGAGCGCGAGUGCCGGGUGCUCUCCAUCCAGAGCCACGUCGUCCGCGGCUACGUGGGCAACAAGGCGGCUACCUUCCCCUUGCAGGUUUUGGGAUUUGAAGUUGAUACGGUGAACUCUGUCCAGUUUUCAAACCACACAGGUUAUGCCCACUGGAAGGGUCAGGUGUUAAAUUCAGAUGAGCUUCAUGAACUGUACGACGGACUUAAGCUGAACGAGGUCAACCGGUAUGAUUAUGUACUCACAGGAUAUACAAGAGACACAUCGUUUCUUGCAAUGGUGGUGGAUAUUGUCCAGGAGUUGAAGCAACAGAAUUCUAAUCUAGUGUAUGUAUGCGAUCCAGUGAUGGGUGACAAAUGGAAUGGAGAAGGCUCCAUGUAUGUGCCCAAGGAUCUCCUCCCAGUCUACAGGGACAAAGUCGUACCUGUUGCUGAUAUAAUUACUCCUAACCAGUUUGAAGCUGAGUUACUCACGGGCAGGAAGAUUCACACAGAAAAAGACGCUUUAGAGGUAAUGGAUAUGCUCCAUGCCAUGGGACCAGAGACUGUGGUGAUCACAAGCUCAGAUCUACAGGCGCCUCUAGGAAACGACUACCUAAUUGCUCUGGGAAGCCACAGAAAAACUAAAGCAGAUGGUACCAAGAUGACACAAAGAAUUCGAAUGGAGUCUCCUAAGGUGGAUGCUGUCUUUGUUGGAACAGGAGACUUGUUUGCUGCUAUGCUUUUGGCAUGGACACAUAAGCAUCCAAACAAUUUGAAGGUGGCAUGUGAAAAGACUGUGUCAGCCAUGCAACAUGUUCUGCAAAGGACCAUUAAGAGUGCAAAAGCACAAGCUGGAGAAGGAAACAAACCAAACUCAGCCCAGCUGGAACUGAGAAUGGUCCAAAGCAAAAAGGACAUAGAAAACCCAGAGAUCAUAGUGAAAGCCACCGUGUUAUAAAGGCUGUAUGUCUCCAGUAACGCACAAUGUAUUGAUGUCCUCAUUUCUUUCCUGUAAAUUGUAAUAUUUGCCUUAGAUCUGUGACAGAAACCUGACUUUCAUGAAAUAGUGCCCAGCAUAGGCAGAUACCCACUCUCAAACAUAUGUGCUGGCCUUGCUCAGUUUUAAAAACAAAACAGUUAGUGUGUAUUGAAGCAUAUUACCAGGUAUCAAAAUGGCUGUCCAAUUCAGUUAGUCUGUGUAAUUACCCAGGGCAAGAGAGUACAAUGUUCCUGCCUUGCCAAAGACUUUAGAUGUGAAUUUGCUAAUGGAAUGCUUGACUGACUGGAAAAUAUAUUUCAAGAUGGCAUCUAGUGCCAAUGGAGCUGGCUCCAUGCUCCCUUUUCCUGGAGAUAUCUGGUUACCUACUCUGGUAUUCAGUAUCUCAGCUGCUAUGAAACUAAGCAGGGUUAAAACUACACACAAAGUUCUGGUUGUGUGUGGGAGUACUUUGAAGAUGUUUGGCAUAUAAAUUCUCUGAAGUGACCUUGAGGUGUCAUUCAUGUUACUGAUAACUGCUCUUGUUUCUUUUCUAUGAACAGCUGCACAGCUUCAUUUUUUUCAGGUACUGGCUGCUUAUUUCUAAUGUCUGUAGGUGCCCCCAUGAUUUUCUUCCAAAAGCUGCUCCAGAAACAUCUUCAUUAAUAAGAUAAUAUCUUUAUUCAGUAGCACUGAUUAGAAAUUUGUAGUUCUACCUCUGAGGCCAGGCUGAUUCUUUGUUUAGUUUUUAACUAAGGACAAACAUCCUGUAAGUACAAAGGGGAAAGCAGCUCUUACCCUGAAAGCUGGCUACCCUAGUUUGUUCUUCGUGGGUGGAUGUAUUUACAAACUACGUAGGGCACUUCCACUUAACAAUAUAGUGAGCACUAUUGGCAGGCUUACCAAUGAAGCAAUGUGGUAAAAGUAAUUUUUUUAGUUUAGUAAGGUUUAGUAAGUUACAUAUGUUUGCCAAACGCAGUGAAACAUACAAAAUUAAUUUGUUCAUAAUGUAAGUCUCUGCAGCCUAUGCUGAUUAGAGAUGACAGAAAUGCAUUCUUAUUAAUGCAUCUUUAUUUCCGAAUUCUGCUUCAUAAGGCUUCAAAAUGGGAUUCUUAAUAAUUUCAGCAUUCUAUACAUCACAGCUACAUAUUAUACCAGUAGGGCAGAUAUGCUGACAGGUACUGACCACUCGUACUUCCAUGUGAUUUCUGUAUGGUACUGAGGUUCUUGCUUCUCCUAAGGUGAGGUCUAGUCUGUUGUUAAAUCCAAAUUAAGUUGAUGAGCUUUAUUUGUGUCAGACAGCAUAGGGAGAUUAAAAUUGCAUUUCUACUUGCAGUGACAUGAAGCAAAUUUGCAUUAGAGGAAAGGGCUGAGUUUUUCUUGGUUACCUGAGUAUGCCCAGGAAACUCAGUCUUGGGUAUCUCCCAGAUACCUCUCCUGCAUCUUCCUCAUCACACCUGCCUAACUGAUAGUGUCACUUGUAUAGCUUGGGAGUCCCGAGGACAGCUGGUUUGGAGAUUGCUUUGGCCACUGAAGUCUUCACUUAUCCCACCAUUUUUGUGGAUUUUCUGCCAUUGUAAAAGUUAAUUGGGUUCACCUAAUAGAAGACUAAUUUAUCCUUGAAGUGAAUUUUUAGCUGAAUAGAUUUUUUUCAUAGAGUAAGAUUUCAUAAUUAAUACAUUUCUGAAAUCCCUCAUUUUCAGUAUCUCUGAAGCAAAUGAAAUUUAAGAGAUGAACACAUUUUGCAGUAAAUGUAACAGGCAAACCUCAGGCUUUCACUCUCAACAGCUAAUAAUAAUUUUAUUUCCUCUCAUGCAUUUGGCAUUAAAAAUGGAAAAAAAAAAAUCAUAUGACUUGAGAAUGUCAAGGGGGGAAAAAAAAACCAAACCAGAAAUGACCUACAAAAUGUGACUCUACUGCCACAGUUUUUAGUAACCACUGCCAUGAAAUAACUUUCUAGCAAUAAUAAUUUUGGUGAUGUGAAGAGUUGCUAAAAUUAGCAGUCAGUAACAGAGAUGAGCUCGUGGCUGAUAUCCAACAUGUAAAAAGACAAGAACUGUCUUUAACAGUGUGUAUAAAUACCUGAUGGGAAGCAGUGAAGAAGGAGCCAGACUCUUCUCAGUGGUGCCCAACGAAAGGAUAACAAGCAAUGGGCACAAAUUGAAAUACAGGAAAUUCCAUUUAAACAUUAAAAAAACUUAAUUCACUGUGAGGGUGAUCAAACACUGGCACAGAUUGCUUAGAGAGGUUGUGGUGUCUCCAUCCUUGGAGAUACUCAAAACCUGACUGAACAUGGCCCUGAGCAACCUGCUGUAUUUGACCCUGCUUAUGCAGUGGGGUUGGACUACACGAUCUCCAGAGGUCCCUUCCAACCUCAACCAUUUUGUGAUUCUGUGAAAUACAAUGAAUUGCCUUUCUUGGCAGUGCUGUAUUUUUAAAUUGAUGCAAAUAUUUUUUUCUUCCUGAGACACAAACUUCCAGACAGGCUAGGAAAUAGCUCAGUAUUAAUAAUUUGCCCCUCUUUUAGGUAAGCUGCUUUUUGCUUGGGCAGUUGUGCCAGAAAUACAAUUGCCUUUUUUGAGAUAGUUGCUUUCAGCAAAAAUACUUAAAUACUGUAGCUGGUGAUGCAUUUCAACAGUCGAACACAAAAGUAUUUUAACUGUUUCUAGCAUUGAUUAAAGAAGCGUUGCAUGCUAUAUUCCAAACAGAAGUGUGAUUCUAUGAGCUGCUAUGGGUCACAUACAAAAAUAUUCAGGUGGCUGAGCUUUGAGACCUCUACUGGUUCCCUCAGAUUGCCAAGAACUAGAUGAAUCCCAGGAGCAGUUCACAUGCAGUAAAUGGCGUUUGAUUUCUACGGUCCCAUGGCUCCAGCACAGAUCUUAGCUGGGUCUGGAACUGGCUUCUGGUACACUGUCUCCUAUAGCCAGGGCUGUGGAUUGCCCAGCACCCCCUGCACCAGCCCUAGCUUCAUUGCCCGUCACGUAACAUGGCCUGGCUCGGGAGCUGCGUGGGGCCAAAUUGAGAGCCAUAUGGUGGCCAUCACUGCACUAGUGCAGUGCAAAAUUGAGGUUCUUCAAUUCUUCACAUCAGAGGAUCAACAGGAGAGAGAAGCUCAAAAUUGACCUUUUAAAUUUUUUUUAAGCAGCAAUAACAGUCAAAAUUUGCUGUCAAAGAAACCCUACCUGUUGUAAGCAUGUACUACAGAAAAGUCCUUUUAGUAAGUGUUAGACAGCACAAUUUUUUUUUUUGCUUUCACAAGGGAAUUGAGAGAAAGGCAAGGGCUGGUCUCUCUGAAAUAAAGCAGCUUGGAAUUUAGGAAACUUAAAGCUAUCUUGCAAACAAGGUUUUAUCUGUAAACCAUAAUGAACCAUGAUCUUACCAUAAAAAAGAAAGCGAUACAUUUGUUGGAGCAGCUUAUAUCUUUCAGGUGUGAUCUUUUCCCACUGCUUCAAAGAAUGGAUCAGUUCAGUAAUUCACAGCUUCCUUAGAAUCUGUGACAUACCCUUGUUAAAAAAAAAAAAAAAAGCAUGAUGAUACAUACUAAUGUGCUUAAUUUGCAAAAGUUCAUAUUUUGCAGUAGCUAGAUUCUGUAGCAAUGGGCUGCUAGCUGCUUCUGCUUAAGUCCCCAGGGAGUUGCUCAUGUGAUACCUGUUUUAAACUCCUACUGACCUGAUCUAAAUUAGGUCAGGUUUAUGUCUUCAGUGAAGAAUUGGGCUUAACAUCUCUUGCCAGGAACAAACAUCAGAAAUUAUCUGUAAAUAUAUUCUGUAGCUAAUGUUUUGUAGUCACAACUGGCUAACAGGUAUUUUUAAACGUCAAGGUAUACACACUUAAUACUUGGAUGCUUUUUUAUUUGUUCGGUUACACAGCACUUUUUCAUAAUGUUUGCAGAACAAAAUUCAAAGACUCAGCACAGUUCUGUCCAAUCUUUUACUCCCUCCUCUCCUCCUGCAUAUAAUAAUCUGUAUCUGUUUCUGCAUUCCUACUGUCUUUCUGGUGCAGCUGCCCACUACUUAUUUAAGGGCUCGGAGGAGACUUAUCAGGGUUGUCUGAUCCACUUGCAGAUCCUUAGGUAAAGAAAAAUGGUUAGUCUAAACUAGUUUAGGUCCCAAUUGGUUACAGAAGAACAAGCACUUUAGCCCAGAGAGUGGAGUCAAUAACUAAUGGAUAAUCUUCCAUGACCGUCCUAACCGCAUACAAGGUGUCUGUAACCCAUUAGUCCAGCAUUCACCAGUUAGGGACUGCUGAUUUCAUUGCCACACGUAUGCCCACGUGUAUGUGUGAAGUUAGCAGCAAAGGACCCUUCUAAUGGUGAAGUAUAUGUACGCAUAGGAACGGUGAAUCCUUUGUGUUUGUGUCCAGUCGACUUCGGCACUGUUCAUUCUUUUCACUUACUGGAAGUAACUUCUGCUGGAUCCCUUUUUUCUGGAAUGAACUUUCCAGUGUAUGUGGUCAGCCAUUUUGAUUACUGCAAGUGCACUCAUUUGUGGAGCUGUGGUGCAGGAGAGACCAAAAGUUUUUUAGAAAUGAUCUACUCUAUUCUGGGCCCGGAUUAGUCUCUAAAUGCUUAAAAUUGACAUGUACCUCUUUGGGAGACAUGCAUAAAGACAUGCUAAAAUCAAUGCUAUUCAUACUCUAUAUAAACAUUUAAGAAAUCUGCAGUAUGAAUUGUUAACAUUAAUGUUUGUUUGCUGAUUUUUAUCAUAAGCAGGAGAAAUCUAUAAUCAAUGUGUUAUACAAAAGAAUCGGAGGACCAAGGUUUCUAGCUAUUCAUACUACCUUUUUGAGUAUCUUAACUGUGUCUUGAUUGGUGUUAAUUUGUUGUCUGAGACUGUUACGGUGAUUGUAUUGAUUCAUUUUAAAAUAUGUGGCAAGGAAGAUUGUAAUAAAAGCAUCUACAUUUAAUAUACCAUGCACACACAAAUUGUUAGAUCCUAUUUUUGAAUAUGUUAAUCAUUUCAGAAUUAAACAGAACAAGAACAGUUUGAUAGUCUUGCUGAAUAAAGUGGAUGUAAUUAAAGGUUUCCUUAGUUAUAUCCUAGUAUAGAGAAAGGGUAGUUAAAAGAAAGAGUGCACAUUUGUGCACUGUAAUCAUCUCAUUGUAAGAUAGUAGGUAUAUGGAAGUGAGUAACAUCCUUGUUGUCUUAAUAUUUUAUUUUUUCUUUAAAGAAGUUUCAUGGGAAGACAACUGUUGGCAUUCUGCACCGCUGUUCUUGUAUGCGUCUUACUUGCAUGUGUAGGACCUCUCUGUGUUGUGCUCUUUGUUCCUGCAUACAAGGUGAGAAGAGGGGCUUGGAAUAAGAACCACAGCUCAUUUUGAGGUCUGUUUCUUGCGCAGCAUUUAGCUGCACUCCCCUUCACAGAAUUUUUAUCUUACUGCGUAGGUUAGAGCAUACAAGACUAUAUAGAAGGAAGCAAUUGUUCCUGCGUGUCAGAACAAGGGCUUCUGUCAGCACUCUACAGUGUCUCUGCUAUGGGAGUAUUUUGCAAGAGGAAGAGAGCAGGUAUCCAGUUUAAUGAGAGCACUGGUUGUUGGAGAAGGUGCUAUGUCAUUAUGCUGAUGCCCACUGGAGAAGUUUGGCUUAUGUUUAUACUAAACAAAACCACCUGUCCUGAGUAAAGGUCCUUGCCCAUUUAAAGAGUACUUUUAGAAGCUGACAUAAGUGUUAUAAAUUUUGGUCACUCUGAAACCAAAAUAUUUCUUCAUAAAUGGAAGCACAACCCCUUCUUCUACAUCCCAUUGCAGCCUUAUUGGCUCAUUGACUAGUCAUUGAACUCCUGUUAGAAUCACAGGAUAAGAUUAUUCAGAGAGCUGUUCUUCAUGGAAGACAUUUGCUUCUCUAAGUGAGAGCCUACUGCUGAACAGUUUUGUAGCUUUCUAAAACAUAUCCAUUAAAGAUGCAUAUCAGUCAUGGAAACUGAGCUUUGAGAUGUUCAGUUGCAACCCUGAAAAUAGCUCUCCUCUUUUAAAUAAAUGAGGAAAACAGCGAGUUUAUACAUGCAUGCAGGAGCAGAUUUAAGGUAAAUCCACGAGGUUCAGUCAGAAACUGGAGGAGUGUGCCCUAAGCGCCUGGCCAAGGGUGUUGAAUGCAGAAUGCAAGGGAGCUGCUAUUGCCAGCACGAUUUUUCAGGAGAGCCCAAGCUAGUUCUCACAUUUUCCAGAAGGGAAGAAUGCGGUUUGGUUUUCAACAGCCUAGAAAGAUCCCGUCUGCUUCACCAGGAAACUCAGUGCCAGGUGACAGCCCCAGCGCCACCAGCCACCAGUUUGGUGCUUUUACUGCACCAGCAGCAAUGGACCUCAAGGCAAAUGGGAUGUUCCCAAGUAUGCUCCUAAAUAAGCAUGCGUUCCUGACUUAGUGCCUCCACAGUGCAAAUAACAGUAAUAAAUCCACAAUUUGCAAAGAAGUGAAUAAGGCAGCACAUUAUUCAGAUAGAGAAAACCAGCAAUAUGAGAAGGCUGUGCCAUAUGUUACCGCUGAAAUCAUAUGUACUCCUUACCUAUUGCCCUUGUGGUUGCAUUGCUAUUUAGAAAAAUCUGUGCGUAGAAGAGUGUAAUAUAUGUACUCUGUGUGUGUGUGUGUGUGUGUGUGUUGAAGCUUUAUUUGCAAUGUGGUGGGGUGGGAAACAGAAUUUGGGGGCUGGCUGUGUAGGCCUUCAGGAUGUGAGCAGAAGGUCUUAAAGAAUUAUAUUUUUAUAGAUUGUGCUGAAGCUUUGGGUCCCAGCCACACAUAGCCUUUUCUUCCAGAAAAGUAAAAUGGUUUGGAAAGACAGUCAGGUGGCUGUAAUAUAGUAGGGAUAGUACAACCCCACCAGCCCUGGACAAACAGAAUAACUUAAUAAAAGAUGCCUUUUUAAGUAAUAUUUUUUUAGUGCUGAAUUGUUAAACAAAUAAAUAUUUAUGAGCAAACUUUCUAUGUACUUAAAGUUUGUGUGGUGCUUUGUACUGACUAGGUGGACCUGUUAUAUGUUUACACAUCUUAAUGAUUGUCCUUGAGGUGUAUGUAGUAAUUCAAUGACUUUUAUGUCAGAAAAACAGUGAAGUUCUGUGUAGUAGCAAAUGAUUUAAUUUCUACUGAAACUGUAGGCUUUUGUAGUGUUUGUGUAUUUUUCUGGUUGGCAGUUAUGAGUUGUAUUCUUUCUGCAGUAAGGCUUGUACGCUUGAUUGUAGAGAGAGGCAAUAGGAUGGUAGAUACCAUUGUUUAAAAAGAAAACCCUAAAUAUUGCUACCUUAUCCAUUAUAAAAUCAGGUAAGUUGUGGCAUAAGCCUGAAAUUUAGAUUUUGCAUUGGAAUAAAGUGUCAAAUACAUCUAGGGCAGGUUAAAAAUAGGCGAGGGAUUUAUUUAUUUAGUUAAAUAAGACUGGGGGAUCUUACAAGUGCUUAAUGGCAACAUAUAAAUGGACAAGCCAAGAGACUGGAACAAAACUAGCUCGUUCACAUUUUUGAACAUUUUAUGAACGUGGCUGAGCUAACUUAAUAGCUUGUGCUCAAUGUGUGCAACAGAGAGAUGAGUAGGCUAAAUGGGAGGAAGUAAAGAUUUUUUCCCUGGAGUUUGUCAGUUGUAAUAAUGUGAAGAAUUUUAGUGGGGUGAUCUGAAUUUAAGUUCAUAAAUAUAUUAGCUUUCAGAAGAGUUGAGUUACCAACAAAAUCCCAUUCAGUCAAAAGGCAAGCUGUUAGCAUGUUUGAAAAUAGGAGUGUGAUUUUUUCAUCUUGCUAUACUUACUUGAGUCUUUGUUUCUUAUGGCUGGGAGACCAGGGCUAAACCACAGCCGUCCAUAUAUAUGUAUAUAUUUAUUUUUGGGUUGUCAUUUGGGGGCUCUCUAGAAAGUGCAAGGGUCUGCAACAUGAGUGAGUUCGCGGAGUAUGGCCCUCUGCUGAAUGUUGUGCUCCUACUGCAACAGUUGGUGAUCUGGAAAAACUGAGCAUCAUUUAUUAUGUCUCUUUUAAGAAACAUGGCAACAUCCUCACCACACUUCUGAAUAAAUCACUACUGCAAAAAGUAGAGGAGAAUUUAUCAGAAGUUUUCUUCUCAAGAGUUCCUGAGUUCUGGAUAUGUUAAAAGAGAAGUACUUCUGCUUUGCUGAGUUAGCAAGAAAAAUAUCACCGAGAUUAAUAAUGCAUUGUUGAGGAGAGAGGCGACGGAAGGGAACAGCUAUGUUUUGCAUGCUUCGCUGUGCCUGGCUUUUCCUCCCCUGGGAAUCUGUGGGUGCAAUAUACCCGUGGUGGUGGCAAAGCGACUGUUUUGCCUGCACCCAGCCUUGGGGGAAACGCAGAGGAAUUAUUCUAAGCAGGUGGGAGAUGAGGUCUAUGUGAAGUUGUUGGGCUGUUCAUUUUGAAGUGCCGUACCAAAGCUCUGGUUUAGCACAACUCUGUAUGCACUUUAAAGAGUGUGAUGAACAGCACACUGGUUUCCUGGCUGCAGUGUAAGGGGACAGGGUAUUCAUUCUCCUCCCCGUUUUAGGAACCUAGUUUAGCCAUGUCAUUUCCCUAGACUUCAUCUAUGGGCCAUGGAGAACAAGAGACUCUAAAAGUUAAUUAUUCAGAUGAUUUAGGCUAGGCUCUUGUUCUUUGGAAAAGAAAGGUAGAGAAUUAUCAGCUGCUAUGAUAGAUCUAACUUGUCCAGCUCAGCUACACCAUAAAGCUGUGCCCUAACCUCCCUCUCCCACCACUUGUGCUGGCCCUGGUACUUUCCUGUCCCCCCGUAAUGAGUGAAGUGAAGGAGCUAAAACCAAUGGGGAAUUUAUCCAGCCAAAACCCCUGAAGUUUUCAUCUUUAGUUCCCUUAACCUUCUCAUCCUGGAAACAGCUAAGCGCUUGUGCUGCUGCUAGGGAGGGGUUGGGAAGGUGCAGCUGGACAACAUGGGGGAGAAUGGGGUUGCCUCUUUUCCUGGCAGUGAGAUGCUGCGUGAGCAGAACCUGAUUGCAAAGCUGCACUGUUAGUGGUAAAGAAAAGUCUUUGUCAGCUAAGUACUUGGUAGAAAAGGUGCAGAUUUAGUAAUCCGAGUUUGGUGUUCUCGAUCCAGUCCAUCCCCUGUAUGGCAAAAACAUUAUAGUACUAAAAGAUUUUGUUUGAAUUCUCAAUGAUCUGUGUGAUACUUAUGCCUAGCAGAGUAGAAAAUAGCCAAGAAUAAAGCAGUUAUCUACCUGGGGAACAUAGUUGGAAGAUCCAGGUGGAGAAAGUUUCAAUUCUGCUUUCACAGCAGUUGAAUGGUGUCAGAAUUGUCCAGGUCUGUCUCUUUUCCUUACCAUCCCCUUUAAGUAAGGAAGCAAUUGCAUAAAUAAGUAAGUAAAUAAGUAAGGGAAGUUACUUGGGAAUUUAAGUGGCAUUAGUAUUUAUUUUUGCCUACAGAUUUUAAAUCUUACCACACCAAAGGUCUCUAGUUCAUAAGGGAUUUUCAGAAGAUGCCUUGCCAAGUGAUGUGAUGCAGCCUGUCACAGCUGGUUUGGAGCACAGCAAGCUUCUUGUGAUACGCCUUGUGACAAAUGGCAUUGGGAUACCACCUGCGGACAGGUACUCCCGUCCUGUGGCCUGCAUUUAGUACAGCACGUGUAUUCAUGUGCCUAAUAUGCACUAUAUGUGGAUACAUGCCUUGCUAGGGAAGAAAACUGUAGGGCUUGUUGCUGGAGAUGCUAUGGUGGAAGGAAACACUGGAGAAUUUAGCACCAUCCAAUGAUGUCAUUUGCUGUUGGUGAUUGUUAGUGCAAUGUAUCCCUUUCGGUAUUGUUUUCUUUCUGGAAGAUGUGAGAGUGACAGCCUAUAUGCCAUUUUAACAUGCUUUUAGCUGGCUGAAUGGGAAAUACAAAUCAAGAUUGUUAAAAAUGGAGGGGAGGGAUAGCCAUGAAUUUGCCUAAGAUCUAAGUGAGUAGAGAAAAUUUGAGAUUUAUCUCUAAUUCAGAAAUAAUUCAAUAUUGACCAAAUGCGUGCCAUGCCUUCAACGGGGAGUAGCAUCUGGAAGAGGCCAAUAUUUAGGGUUUUUGCCCAAAGCACAUUUAGUCCUGCUCUACUGUUUAGUGAAAACGCCCAGUGCAGAUGCCACCAGAGCCUCAUCUCGUGGAGUAACGCUGUAAUAAAGAAUGUGAUUUUCUUGUGAAAGUCUUAACCUCUUCUUAUGAAAAUAACACACAACUCAGUAUUUUCAUGGUGUAUAAGUGAAAUGUAAUUUUUUUUUUCAAUAAAAUACAUUUCCUUUCCUAAA